AUGGACCCCGCAUUGCUGGAGUUCCUGAAGAGAAGAAAGUUUCUGUCUCUUCCUACCUUGACUGUGCUGAUUCCCCUGCUUUCUCUAGCAGGACUAUUCUCCUCAGCCUCUGUAGAAGAUAAUUUCCCUCAGGGCUGUGCCAGCACGACCAGCCUACACUUUUACAGUCUGCUCCUGCCAAUCACCAUACCAGUGGAAGUGUUCUUCCACCUUUGGACUUGGAUGGGUAUUAAGCUUUUCAGACAUAAUUAA